AUGUCGUUCCGAAGAGCCCGAUUCCCUCACCGUCAUGUCGACCUGGACGAUCUGUCCCACAUAACCGACCCCAAGGAGAAGAAGCGCAUCCAGAACCGCAAUGCCCAGAGAUCAUAUCGCCGACGCAUGAAGGAGCGCCUCGCUGAGCUGGACCGCCUUAAGGCAAUGAGCAGGGAGAGCUCGUGCGAGAGCUUACCCCUGGAACGUGGCCACAGCCGGCAGUACCACACGUACACGCCCUGCGCGAGCAGCCCCGACAGCGGCACGCCGCGCGCGCCCUUUGAGCCGCUGAGGUCGUUUUCUGCCGACGCCGCCGAUCCUGCCAUGGUGCAGCCGCGGGCCAUCUUCCACCGGGGGAGCAGCGAGAUUGCGGCUGACGGUUUGGUACACCCCCUGGGCCAGCUGCCUGUUGCUGCGUACGAUCAGUGGUCGCCGCGCACGCCGCCGGCAAUGAAGCCUGAGCAUGGGCUUUACAGCCCCGGCAGUCAGCGGGACGACUCAACCUACUUUAGCACGCCCUCGGCUUUCUCCAUGGGAAGCUCUUACAACUCCUCCCCAUUGUACCCAGAGACCCUCAACGUGUACGACGUGCAGUUCAACGGCUCGCACCCCAGUCGCGGAUCAGUGGACGACAAGCUCCUCCCCAAGCCUGCUCCGUCGUUUGUGCAGAUGCCUCAGCCAGCCACACCGAGCGCGUUGUCGUGCGCGCCUUCACCGCCGUCAUGCCACCCGCAGCAGUCUUUCAGCAACAACUUUGGCCGCAUCAUGCACGAGGUCCAGGCGGCCGGCUUCAGCACCUUUGACGACUUUGUCUCUGCGUACUACACCACGUCGUUCGCCGAGUCGUCGCCCCUCGCAGCGCAGCAGCACUCCAGUCGCAGCAGGGGGCUGCCCAGCCUGCUCGGCGAGGUGUUUGCCGCGACGCACCAGUGGACGGAGUGGGAAAAGCAGGGCACGUACGAGCAGUGCCUGCGGAUAUCCGAGAGUCUCCUCAAGACCGAGGUCUCCAAGCCGCACAGCGCGGUGAGGGGUGCCCUGGACCACCUGGUUGAGCAGCUGGACAACAGCGCGGCCGAUCCUGCUGCCGUGCCCAAGGCGUUUUCCGAGUUGGCCAGGGUGCUGCAAGACGAGCAACCGAAUGUGUGGGCGCUGCUGAGGAUGCUUGCGGGCGGCGGCCAGGUUGCCUACCAGGGCAAACAUGUGGGCACCAUAAUGACGGUGAUGAUGAUGCUUAAUUCGGUGGGAUACAUGGGAAAGAGUACCUUUGUAGAUGUGUUUGCACGUUUAAUGGCGCUAGAUUCAGAAUAG